AGCGGUAACAAGAUCAUCAACGACUACGAAGUCCUUGACGAGCUGGGCCGCGGAGUUCAUGGGAAGGUCAAGCUGGGACGGAACCUCAUCACCGGUGAUCACAUCGCCAUCAAGAUGAUUCCACGAGCGGCCAAACGCAAAAGACUCGGCAAGAAUGACAGUCACGAGGAGAAGAUUCGUCGAGAGGUUGCCAUACUCAAGAAAGUUCGCCAUCCCAACGUAGUCAGCCUGCUCGAGGUGAUUGAUGACCCGAAAGCGAAGAAAGUCUAUCUCAUCCUCGAACUCGUCGAGCUCGGAGAAGUCAACUGGCGAACACGAGGCGCUCGCGAAAUCACCUUGACUCGUUCGGCGAUACGGGAUACUGUACUAGGCUUGGAGUAUCUCCAUUACCAAGGAGUCGUCCAUCGUGACAUCAAACCCGCCAACCUGCUCUGCACCAGCGAUCAUCGAGUCAAGAUAUCCGAUUUUGGCGUCUCGUACCUCGGCAGAAUACCCAAGGACGAAAACGAUGGCUACCACUCCGAAUCUGAUUACCAGGACGACGAAGACAUGGACCUGGACAACCCCGUCGAGUUGGCCAAGACUGUUGGCAGCCCAGCAUACUUUGCGCCUGAACUUUGCGACCUCGAUCCGGAUCCGACGGCCGAAGCCCCGCAAGUCACUCAAGCCAUCGACAUCUGGGCAUUGGGUGUGACUCUCUACGGUCUCGUCUAUGGCCGGCUCCCCUUUUACACGGAAGGCUCCGAAUUUCACCUCAUGCGUGUCAUCCAUGAUGUGCCGGCAUACAUCCCCCGUCGUCGUCUGAAAGCCGACGUCGACGACGACCUGCAUGACCUUCUCACGCGACUGCUGGAGAAGGACCCCCGGAAGCGAAUCACGCUGCGAGAAGUCAAACGUCAUCCGUGGGUGGUUCGCGACAUUGAAGACAAGGUCGCCUGGCUCGAUGAGACGGAGCCC